AUGAAGCUCUUAUACCCUACCUCUGUCCCGCUCGACGUCCAGAGCUUGCACGGAUUCUCCGUGUCACUGCACCCUUAUGAUGUCAAGUCUCCGAUCCCCGAAGAGCACGUUGAUGCCGACAUCCUCGUCACCUGGUCCAACUCUGCCGAUAACCUCAAGGACGCCGCUCAACGCCUGAAGAACAUAAAAUGGAUUCAAUCCCUCGCAGCCGGCCCUAAUGACGUUCUGAGCGCUGGAUUUGACACCUCGAAGGUCACAGUUACCACUGGCGUCGGUCUCCACGACUACCCCGUCGCCGAGCACACUCUCGGCCUCCUGCUCGCCGCCGCCCGCCGCUUCUUCGAGAUGCGCGACUACCAACUUCAGUCCAAGUGGCCGGGACAUCUCGGUGGCUCAUUCCCGCGAAGCGACUUCACCACAUUACGCGGUUCUCGCAUCCUCAUCUGGGGCUUCGGUAGUAUCGCCAAGACACUGGCCCCGCAUCUGACUCUCCUCGGCGCCCAUGUCAAGGGUAUUGCUCGAAGCGCGGGCGUCCGUAACGGCAUCGAGGUUUUCGCCGAGGACAAACUCUCGGAGCUCUUGCCGGAAACUGAUGCGCUGGUCAUGAUCCUCCCGGGCUCUGCAUCUACGGAAAAUGCGUUGAAUGCCGAGAGACUCAAGCUGCUCCCCAAGCAAUCGUGGGUUGUCAACGUCGGUCGCGGCGUUUCAGUCGACGAGGAAGCGUUAGUGGAUGCUUUGGAGAAGGGAGAGAUUGCCGGUGCUGCCCUUGAUGUGUUCAAGACUGAACCGCUGCCUGAGUCGAGUAGGCUGUGGAAGGCUCCUAAUGUGAUUAUCUCGCCGCAUGCUGCCGGUGGGAGGCCCGUCGGCUCGACUGAAUUGAUUGCGGAUAACUUGCGGCGGUUCCUGGCUUCGCAGCCUCUUAAGAACAAGCUCUGA